CCUCCACCUACUGCUUCUUCUCACUGCAGGAUCAAGAUCCACUGCAUUUUAUCGGCAAGCGACCCACAUAUAUUUUACUUCGAGGCGCUUUCUCAAUCAUGUACCACACGAGUGCAACGCCUGCUCUGAUACGUGAGCGCUAUGGAUGCCAGUGAGCAACCAGACCUCAAACAUCAGGACUGGAAGCGGGAGAGAUUCAUCCUCCCUGUGGUGAACGCGAAGGGCUUGCCACUCAGGGUCGAAGUCGCCAGAUAUCUCCCCGGCACACCUUGUUGCACUCGAUAUGCAGAUUCCACAUCUAUGAGGUCUAGGAUUCUGCUCACUCAUGCAGUAGGGUUCUCGAAGGAGCUAUGGGAACCUAUCAUCACUCGCCUCUUUUCCCUUCAGGACACCGACAAAUUCAUUCGAAACAAGGGCCCUCGAGUACAUAUCCAUGAGAUAUGGACCGUCGAUUGUCCUAAUCAGGGAAGAAGUGCAGCCCUGAACGACAAUGUGCUCCUGGACGGCGACCACAUACUCACGUCUAAUCACUACGCGGAUGCUAUUCUUACUCUGAUGACAUCCGAUGUUCUGCACCUCCACUCGAGGUCUUUGAACAUACCCUUGAUCGCUGUCGGGCACUCGUACGGGUCUACAGCUCUCUCCCUUGCAUACUCUCGGUCCCCCAGUCACCCCCUGUUUGAAAAACUGGUGAUGAUAGAGCCGCCGAUGCUCAGUCGGGGUCUUCUGGACAAAUAUCCGGACUAUAUUCCACAACUCGUUGAGCGUACACGGAGAAGGAGGGACAAAUGGAUAUCUCGGGGAAAUGCCUACAGUUCCAUGAUUACUCGACAACCGUACAAAGGAUGGGACGCUCAGGUUGUAAGAAUAUACGUGGAUCAUUGCCUUCGUGAUGCCCCGUCUAUGCCCCAUUUACCAUCCGCGCUCAAGACGGUUACUUUAUCCUGUGCUGUACCUCAAGAGAUGGCAUGCUACUCGCUUUCGGAGGGCUUUCAAUGUCUCGACAUACUCCCUUCCAUUUGCGCCACUAUCCCAGUUCAUACCAUCUUUGGAAGCAUACGGGAUUUGGCUCACCCAGAGAUCCAAGCAAGCAUCGUCGACGCCAAGCAAGGACGACGGAUGGUGACCGUUACAAGUGUAGAACAAGGCGGACACUUUGUUCCGUUUCAGCGUCCUGAGUCUUGUGCGAAAGCGAUAUGGAACGCGCUGUGUGAUCCCCGCGGUCCAAACAGAGCUCCUAAGUUAUGAGCACAAGUCGAUAGCUAGCGGUUGCGUUUGAUCGAUGGACCCAGGAGGAGUGCAAAUAAGAGAAAUGGAACGAUGUAGAGUACAGAACUUUAUAUGUGGUUGGCAGUCGAGACGCGACGGAGUGGUUGGCAAUAGCACGAUGCUGUACUCCCCGCAGACUCGCUCAAAGCCUGGAAAUAUGGCUCUCACGUCUGGAAGAGCUAUCCAAAAGCAAACAUAUAGGGCUGCCCUCUUAUGUACUGUUCAUUCUCGUGGAGUAUGACAGCCCAUACUUAGUCGCAAUAAGUGCAGUCUCCAGAAACACUCGAAACAGGCAAACCGAGAAAUGAUAUAUCACCCAUGAGUGGCCAUGUACUCCUCGUUCACAACGUGCAGGAGUCUGUAUAGCUCCGUCGGAUAGACCCCUCUGACAACUCUCCUCGUCCUAUCUGCCGCCGUUUGUAUGACCCUCUUGUCCUCAUAGUGUUUUCCUCCCUUCCCAUACCGGAUCAUGAGCGCCAGCGUUUGUCGGCACUGUUCGUACCAAUCUUCCGUCAAAUCGAGAGCGCGGAUAACGUGUUCCAUCUCGAUUUCUUUACUUCCCGACUCGGCCCCCAACGCCUCCGGUGUCCACAACCCUACAUACUUCUCCAUCUUCCUCUGUACGAACCAGUAUAUCCUCAACAUCUCCACGUUACUCAACAGCUCUUUGGCCUUGUUCUCCUGGAACUCGUCCCAAGUGGCCUCCUCAGUUCCGUCCUUGCGAGACUGUGAUGGCUGAGAGGGUUUGUGGCGCUUAAGAAUGGGUUUGAGGUAGUUGACGAUGGCGGCAUGACGGUACGGUGGCGUUGACGGAACUACGGGGAGCACAGGCGGAGGAGGUGGAUUCGAGGCAGGAACAGCUGGUGUAACUGUAGAUUUAGGCUUGGACACUGGGCGUGGCUUCGGUUUCGAGCGAUGUGUUUGUGGCGUAGGUGGCGGUUGCGAUUGAGGUGGGUGAGGGGGUUGAGCCUCCAUUCUAGAGGAGUAUGACUGGGAAUGUCUCCGCUCAUGCUCCCGCUCGC